AUGAAGAAGGGAGUAUUUGAGGCGGUUGCACCGGAAAAUGUGGGUGGUCCAUCGUUGCACCAAACCUUAGCCGCCUCCUGUUUUUCCGAUGAGAGGGUAUUAAUACUGCAGCACUCCCUACGCUUCUACCUUACCGUUCAGAUCUGCACUCCAGCAAAAGCUAGAUCCUCCGACGGUAAUGAUGAUGGAGUGGUGAUAAGUAGUGUUCAAAGGGGGUGGUUAUCGGUUGUUGUACAGGAGGGUGGCGAUGGUGAAGGAGGUAGUGGUUUUGUGGUUAUUUUUCCGGGGAACAAGUGGUGUUUGGUUGUGCAUUCCGGUGAUGGUUGUGGAGAUUUCAGUGGCGGUUGUGCAUUCCAGUGGUGUUUGUGCAGUCAAGUGGUGGUGGUGAUUGCAGGUGGUGAUUUGGUUAAGCCUAUCAGAUGGUACUAUGAUCCCUCCCAUGUUUUCAUCUAUGCCCCAUCAGUAAAAGGGAUGGUCGGAUUCGCCAUCAACUUCUUUCCCUUCCACCACGAAUACCCUCCAUCUUUCCUCCGAUAUAGACGUACGACAUCGAUUCAUACCCAACACCCACUGAUUUUGAAGGUUUAAUUUUCAGUUUGAGGUUUAAUUGAGUUCCAGGAAUUAAGUUUCAUAUUCAAUUUUCAGCUUGAUUUCAUGCUUGAUUUCAGUUUCAGGUUUGAAUUCAUAUUUAAUUUUGAGUUUUGGAUUUGAUUUAAUUUC